AUGACGAUGCCGCAGAUGCAACAGGCGAUUUCGAACUUGCGGUUGCUGCUUGCGUCUGUGCGUGCGAAGGACGAAGAGUUGGAGUCGUUGGCGCGACAGUUCCGACGGCAGCUGUCGCGCGCUCCGCGCUACGCGAUACAGGGUGGGAACCCGCUUGAGACGACCUUGCAUGUGAUGGGUGAGAUCCAGGAGCGGCUGGAUGAUGUGGAGGUCCAGCGUAAGCAUCUUGGCGAAAUACGGAGGCAGGUAGAGGCGGAACUGGUGGCGCUGAAUAUCACGGAGAAGAUCGCGCAGGCGAAAGAGGAACUGGCGCUGCUACGGGCGAGCCGGGAUGUGGGGGAGGAAGUGGGCGAGGAGCGCAUUGCUGAGCUUCGGAGGUUCAUAGAGGAGGCGAGCCUGCGGGCUGGGGAGGCGAUAACGGGUAAUUCCGACCUGCCGCGUUUGUAG